UGGGAAUUUAUCUGCGAGGCGUUUCAUAUCAACGAGAAGUAGUUCAUCGAGACCGUGCCAUUCAGCCAGCUGCCAAAGGAUCUGGUGGGGGUCUCGUCCCUGAAAAAAAUCAUAAGGAAGCUCUUAUUCGGGCUCGUCCAAAAAAUUGGAAAGCUCGCCAUACAUCCCGCGAUGAGCUCAACGUACUAGCGCGUUCUUGACAGACAUUUAUGGAAUAGGGGCAGUUCAUGAUCCAAUUAGCAGCCACAUAUCAGAGAACAGCUAUUUACAGCCUGUUCGGGUAUUACUAACCUGAGUUAGAGCCCGAGCGUCAUCUCAAGCUCAGAAUGCAUAUCCAAAAUCCCAACGAGUCUUUUAGUAGGUCGAUAGAGGACAUGCAGACAUUCUAGACUAUUUAAUGUGGUCGAUGUCAUCCUUAUACCUCACCAGUUCGCCAGCUUGAAGUCCCAUCAGACACGCAAACUCGCAACUCUCAUUCUCUAUAAAAAUGUACCUAGUCAGAUCGGUUUUGUUAGAUUGUAACUAGCGUUAUGCUACGCUAGACGCCAAACACCACAAUCCCAUCUGUUGCCCAAACAAGCCACUACCCAGAGCGCAACUCCCAGCCAGCCAAAUCGCCGAGAGGUCUACCAAGUCACAAUGAACUUCCUCGGUCUCCCCAAAGGCAUAAACUUCCCAUUAACCUGGCGCAUCCUGCGCAUGGUAUCCGCACACCCUUACUGGGACCUCCUACGCCUACUUUGGCCAUUCCCCUGGUACCUGCCGCAUCCCCUCCCCCUGCCUCGCCCCCAGGCUUUCACCCACGACCACACGCUCUUCGAUACCCGCAACCCGCUCAUCCCGCAGAUCCGGCUCGUGCCACUGUUCCGCGCGCGUGACUCGCCGAUUGCAUCGUUCUACCGCAUCUAUGAAGCGAUGUGCGCGCGCGAUGGACCUGCCAUAGGCUCGGAGACGCAGUAUUUCUGGCGUCGCCCUGAGGCGCACUGGGCGUUGGAGGGAAUCCCGGACCCGAGGGACCCGGAUCCCGUGAGGUAUGCGGUACUUGCUUCGUUGAUGGAGGCGAUGGUGGAUGCGUUUAAUUGGAGGCUUGAGUUGGGGCUGAGGAGAGGCGGCAAGCGGUGGGUUGAGAGGGAGGACGAUGGGACACCGGCGCCAUUUGUGCCAGAGGUUAUGCCAGCAUGGGCUGGGGGAGUACCAGCGCUGGAGGAUGAGCUUAUUAUUGCAGAAGGUGGGACGGGACCGCGAUUCGCAGCGAGGAAUAUCAUUGCUUUCGAGGGGGAUCUACGGACGGUCUGACAACAUCGAAGCUAUACGAGCGCUUAGAGCUUUGAAGUAGAUAGGAUCUAAUUGAGUAUCCA